AUGGACAACCUAAAAAGGCGCGUGGCCUACAAAGCGGUCGACGAUUACGUCCAGUCUAAUAUGACCAUCGGGCUUGGGACUGGUACCACUGUAUUUUAUGUACUGGAGAGGAUCGAGAAUUUAAUGAGAAAUGGGAAGAUCAAGAAUGUGGUGUGUAUCCCCACCAGUAUCGACACGGAGAUAAAGGCCAAGAAUUUAGGCAUCCCCCUGACGACGCUGAGAAAAAAUUCCCACAUAGACAUAGCCAUAGAUGGUGCAGACGAAAUUGACAUGGACCUGAAUUUGGUCAAAGGUCGAGGUGGAGCCCUCGUGAGGGAGAAGUUGGUUGCCUCCUGUGCAUCCUUCCUUAUAAUUAUUGUGGACGAAUCCAAACUCUGCACGAAUGGCCUGGGCACGAAGGGACCAGUGCCAAUUGAAAUCCUCUCCUUUGGACAUGAGAAGAUUAUUCAGAAUUUGCUCCAAAUUUCUUCCCUCCAAAAUUGCAAGUAUAAGUUGCGGGAGAAGAAUGGGGAGGUGUACAUAACGGACAACAAGAACUUCAUCGUCGACUUUUACUUCGCCAAUCCGAUCGAGGAUUUGCUGGACACAUGCAACAGGAUAAAGAUGACCACGGGCGUUGUAGACCACGGGAUUUUCGUAAACAUGACGAGCGUGGCGCUCAUAAGCAAACAGGACGGGACGGUCCUGAAGUUGGACAAACAUGCAGGCAAUUGA